AUGUCAACAGAAAAUUCCAUUGCAGGUUGCGCCAUAAUCUGCUAUGAUUGCCACAGUGAUCAAGGCACAUGUAAUGAAGGCGAAUGCGAAGGAGUCGUGUGCAUUAAAAUGGAGACUUCGAACAAAGACAAUGGUAAGAAUCGAAGGACGAUUCAAAAGAGUUGUGGAGAUGAGCACGAAGAAGUCGCUUGCCAGCAAUCUGGAUUCGGAAGCAAGUGGAUGUCGCGUUGUGCGCUGAUCGACGCCGGUCUGGAGCCGUCCUCAGCGGCUCCCCCACCUGGUCAGUUCACACAAUUCGCAUUGCUUAUCGCCAUAUUGGUGUUCGUUGGCGCCAGCUGCUCAUUAAUAGUGAUCGCCACGAUCUGUGUUCAAUUCUGCUAG